CCUUAAUGCACAGAUAUAUGUUGCCUUAAUACGAUUUGAACUUAACAAAUUCAAAGAUGACGAGGCAAUACAAUGAUUAAACAAAGGUAUUUCAUUUUAUCCAGCCAAAAAAUAAAGAUAAAAAUAAAAAAGGCCAUCUUGUGCAUGAAAAUUGUCCACGUCAGUGUAAGCAUUGGUUUGUAUGGGAAUGUCAUGUUUUAUAACACACAAGAGAAUUUGAAGACGACAAUCGUCCAGGUGGCGCUGGGUGAGUGGCUGCUGUCCAUCCCACAAUGCAUCCCAAAAUCUUUGUGACGAUAAGGUUUGGCGAUUGCUUAUUCCCUUUCUGUAUUCUGUUUUUGAUGAUCACUUCACAUGUAAUUCUGCUCUCCCCUUCCUCUUCCCGUCAGUAGUUAUGGCCAUUGCCGGCGCCCCUUCUCCGGACUGUUCAUCAUCCCUCGCCUCUUUUGCCAAUUCCAAAAACAACAAAAAGCCGCCACCUCCUCUUCUUAUUCCCUCCUCCAAGCUCCUCUCCUUUCUCUCUUUCCAAUCCUCCAGAAGUUUCAUCUUGUCAGCCGUCUCCGCCUCCGCCUCCGCCGCCGGUUGCCACUCUCCCGUCCUGCAGGAAGACAAGCCAAGCUCCGAUCAUCCUCCUCUGCCGCCGCCGGCGGUGCUUGGUUUUCAGGAAUUCCAACACGAUUUCACGGCAUUCCCGGUCGAUGAUCCCAACUGCCUCAACGGCUUCAUUUCCGCUAUGUUUGGAGACCCUCAGACCCAAGAGCUGGCUUUCAAAUACUACGAGAAAUCAAAGCUAAUUAAGCCCGAGUUUAGACCCACCAAAUCCACCUUAAACCAUCUCGCCAGGUACUUGAUCUCCUCCAAGAACUGGACCUCCGUUCUGUCAAUUUCUGAGGAUUUCAAGAGCUUCCGUGUCUUGCCUGAUGCUUAUACUUGCUCUAGACUGGUCACCUCCUGCCUAAGAGCUAAAAAGUUUAAACUUGUAAAUACCCUCCUCGAAAUUUUCGUUUCUGAUGAUAAUCAUGAAAUCGGCGUCUUGCCCUUCGAUUCCGCCAUGAAAGGCUACAACAAGCUCCACAUGUAUAGCAGCACCAUUCAUGUUUACUGCAGAAUGAAAUCCGCCCCCAUUGCUCUGGACCCCGGAUGCUACUGCCGGGUAAUGGAAGCCUAUAUGAAAACCGGCGAUACAGAGAAAGUCGUCGCUUUGUUUCAGCAAUUCGAGACUCUUUUCGGGCUCAAUUCCAAGCCCAUCUGUCGCAAAAUUUGCCGUAUUUUGUGCGAGUCUCUCGCCAAAUCGGGACGUCCUUCCGAAGCCCUCGAGUUCUCCAGGUCCAUGGCGAAGAAGGGUAUUCCUUUGGAUCAUUCAAUUUACUCUUCCCUGAUUUGCGCCUUUGCGAGUCUUCGAGAAGUCAAGGCAGCCGAAGAGCUCUUCGAGGAAGCGGAAAGAAAGAAAAUGCUGAGAGAUCCGGCGUUGUUUCUGAAACUCGUUUUGAUGUACAUCGAAGAGGAUUUGGUAGAGAAGAGCUUGGAAGUUGUGGCUGGAAUGAAGCGCGUUAAAAUCAGAGUCUCCGAUUGCAUUUUCUCUGCCAUAAUCAAUGGCUUUUCCAAGAGAAGAUCGCUUAGAGCUGCCGUUGAUGUUUAUGAAGAAAUGGUAUGGCAGGAUCAUGAACCAGGGCAAGUGACCUACGCUUCGGUCAUAAACGUCUACUAUCGACUCGGGCUCUAUCCGAAAGCCAAGAAUGUGUUUUCUGAGAUGGAGAAGAAGGGAUACGAUCGAUGCGUUGUGGCCUACUCGAACAUGGUGGCAAUAUACGGUAAAUCAGGCAGACUCAGGGAAGCCAUGAGGCUCGUGGCCAAAAUGAAGGAAAAAGGGUGCGAGCCGAACGUAUGGAUCUAUAACUCUCUGCUCGACAUGCAUGGUAAAGUCUCAAACCUUAGGCAGGUGGAGAAGACAUGGAAGGAGAUGAAGCGGAGGAAGAUCAUGCCCGAUAAGGUAAGCUACACGAGCAUUAUCAACGCGUAUAACAGGGCAAGGGAGUUCGAAACUUGCAUGAAAUACUACGAGGAGUUCAGGAUCAAUGGCGGCGUGAUUGACAGGGCAAUGGCCGGAAUCAUGGUCGGGAUCUUCUCCAAGACGAACCAGAUCGAUGAUUUGGUGAAGCUGUUGCGGGACAUGAAGGCGGAAGGAACUGGGUUGGAUGGGAGGCUCUAUCGGUCGGCUCUGAAUGCUCUUAGGGAUGCCGGGCUGCAAGUGCAGGCAAAAUGGUUGCAGCAGAGCUUCGGCAUGGUGUGAAUGAAGCGGAUGAAGAUUGGCUUGGCUUGGCUGUACAGAGAUAGAUUACUGUAUAUGGACAUGUUGGUUUGGUUUCAUGCAGUUUCCUGUGUCAAUAUGUAUGCAGUCGUGUAAUUGUGGGUAUCAAAUUGUUAGUAUUCUUUGAUCCUAUUCCUAUGAUGAUACAACUUUAAACUUCAUCAAUUGUGGCUUGCGGAGGCUUUCACUAGCAGGUGGCGGCUCCUCCAUCGUCGGGGAAAUCAACGAGGGCUCACCCAAAAUUCAGUAAAAGCCGCGGCCCUUAUUAGGAACAAGCCAAGGUUGCCGAGUUAAGAGGGUACACCGGAAAACCUGUGUAUUCCGUAUGGCUGGGACCAGAAAGCGAGCAACGAGCUGUGU